AUGGCCUCUGCUCGAAGACCGCAGCCCUUUGUUCAACCGGUUGCAAAUGGCAGUAUUUCCUUGGAUGCUUUGGUGGAUGCAGCUGACAGGGUGUACAAGAGCCUGAAUACUCCAAGUCCUGACGUUUUCUUCUUGAGCCCCAUGGUCGGGAACUGCUUGACGCUUCGACGUCUGGGACCGUCGCGACAAGCAAAGGGUGCUUCAAGCGGCGAAGCAGCUCCACAGCUGACGCCCAAACUGAUUUGGGUUCCAGUAAAUCCAUUGAUUGCACCGCCAUGGGAAGUAGUGCCCAACUUCACUGCGUGGCAUUCACAGUGGCUCAAGGCAGUGCAGGCCAAAGCGAGCAAUAACGAUGGUGACCUGUGGGCAGCCAUGGGUAGGCAAUUUGGUGGCUGGCACAAUGCUCCUUGUCCAGUGCCUCUGCCAUCAUGGAGGAGCAGCUUGGCUCACCUUGACGGCAUUGUGUUCAUGCCAAGGUACUGA